AUGACAACACAACUUCCUGGUGCCGUGGGUCACCAGCAUUUCUAUUGGAGCCAUCCCCAAAAAUUCAGCCAGGGAUCUCAGUCAUGCUACGUAUGUUCUAACUGGCAUGGCCUGAUCCACAACAACAGUUUGAACACGUGCCACCAGUGCUUCCAACAAUAUGUGAAAGACAUCAGCUUUGUCAAGUUGGACUAA